GUGCGUGGCUAGUGGACCCCGUGGCGCGUUGUUGUGAUCUAAUAUGGCGGAACGUAGUGUUGUGGCUAUUGAGUGUCUAUGUCAGUUUAUUGAGAUAUAAAAUUCACUAUCGCAAUGACAGGGUAAUAACAAAAAACGAUUAACCACAAUAUUAACAAGUGUCGAUACUAGAUUGAGACGAUUCAUCAAGCUGGAAAAUCUUUGAGCCCACGUGACCGCGAGUGAGAUCGUCAGAGGGAAGUUAGAAUGACGGAUACAAGGAGGAGAGUCAAGCUUUAUGCACUGAAUGCUGAUAGGCAGUGGGAUGACCGUGGUACUGGUCACGUGUCCUCACCGUAUGUUGAUCGACUCAAGGGGAUCUCGCUGCUCGUCAGAGCCGAGAGUGAUGGCUCGGUUCUUUUGGAAAGCAAGAUCCAGCCGGAUACUGCAUAUCAGAAGCAACAGGACACUUUGAUAGUAUGGUCAGAAGGUGACAAUUUCGACCUGGCCCUGAGUUUUCAGGAAAAAGCUGGUUGCGACGAGAUUUGGGAAAAGAUUUGUCAAGUUCAGGGCAAAGACCCGUCUGUUGAAAUCACCCAGGAUAUUGUCGAAGAGUCGGAAGAUGAACGUUUUGAUGACAUGUCGGACUCAGCUCCUCCAAUCGAACUUCCGCCAUGUGAACUCUCUCGUCUGGAGGACAUUAACGAACUGAUUGGUAAUUGUCUUUCGACUCCAGUGCGAAAAGAAAAGCUCGCAAUGGCCCUCGAAUCUGAAGGCUACAUAAAGAAACUUCUAAAUCUGUUCCACACAUGUGAAGAUUUGGAAAAUAUCGAGGGCUUACACCACCUGUACGACAUCUUUAAAAAUAUAUUUCUAUUGAAUAAAAACGCCCUGUUCGAGGUAAUGUUCUCUGAGGAUGUAAUAUUCGACGUAGUCGGCUGUCUUGAGUAUGAACCAACUCUGACCCAACCAAAAAGACACCGGGAGUAUCUCCGCCAGUUAGCAAGAUUUAAACAAGCAAUACCAAUAACAAAUGCCGAACUUUUGGCUAAAAUUCAUCAAACUUAUCGUGUCCAGUACAUCCAAGACGUUGUUCUACCAACUCCAAGUGUGUUCGAGGACAAUAUGCUGAGCACACUGAGUAGUUUUAUAUUUUUCAAUAAAGUCGAAAUUGUUACAUUAAUUCAGGACGACGAAAGAUUUCUGACAGAACUAUUUCGACAAUUGACUGACGAGUCAACAUCAAUCAGCAAACGACGGGAUCUUGUUUUGUUUCUUAAAGAAUUUUGUAAUUUCUCCCAGAAUUUACAACCACAGGGUAAAGAGGCAUUUUACCGUACUCUUACAGCUCUCGGAAUACUUCCAGCUUUGGAGAUAACUCUAGCUAUUAAUGAUGCACAAACGAAGACAGCUAGUAUAGAUAUCCUAACUUAUAUUGUGGAAUAUUCACCAAGUGUCGUCAGGGACUAUACUCUUCAGCAGAUUAAUAAUACUGAGCCUGAUCAGAUGUUGAUCAAUGUCAUUGUGGCACAAUUAGUUGGAGAUACCGAUCCUGAACUUGGUGGGGCUGUCCAACUGGCUGGGGUUCUUCGUCUGCUACUCGAUCCUGAGAACAUGAUGGCCACUGUCAAUAAAACCGAGAAGACUGAUUUUCUCAACUAUUUCUAUAAGAACACCAUUGUGACACUUAUCGAACCAUUAUUGGGAAACACUGUUGGAGAUAAACCAGUCAGAGAAGACUACAGGACUGUUCAGCUGCUUGGGUUAAUACUCGAGUUGCUCUCAUUCUGUGUGGAACAUCACAUGUAUCAAAUUAAGAACUGCAUUUUGAACAAGGAUCUGCUUAGAAAAAUACUUAUUUUAAUGAAGUCCACACACACGUUUCUAGUAUUAUGUGCGCUGAGGUUUAUGAGAAAGAUUAUUGCACUUAAGGAUGAAUUUUACAAUAGGUACAUUAUUAAGGGAAAUCUUUUUGCUCCUGUGUUCGAUGCUUUUGCGAGAAAUAAUGGGAGAUAUAAUCUACUCGACUCGGCCAUUCUCGAGAUGUUUGAGUUUAUCAAAUUGGAGGACAUAAAAUCGCUGUGCUCUCACGUCGUGGAAAAUUUCUCGAAAGAAUUGGAAACAAUUGAUUAUGUACAAACAUUUAAAGCAUUGAAAAUGAGAUAUGAACAACAUCAAGAUAAACUUAAGGACCGGGAUAGAGCUACGCUUGAAAGUGUACCAUCAAUUUUACGGAAUAGUCGAUACCGUCGUGAUCAACGGCAGCUUGACGAAGACGAAGAGAUGUGGUUUAAUGAAGAAGAGGAUUUUGAUGAGGGCGAGGCGGUGGUACCCGCUGCUGCUGCGGAUCUAGUACCACCAGCGUCAGCCAAAAAGCAAUCAGCUGGUCCAAACUCAGGGCAAAAUCCGAAUCCUAUUCCAGUUGAAUCGAAAAACCAGCAGCAACAAGGCCAAACGGGCCUUAAUAAUAACACUACCAGCAAUAUUCUGGUUACACAACAGUCCCAGGUUCACAACAGCAGUAGUCUGUCUACUGCAAAUGAAUCCCCCAUUUCAUCUGGAAUCAUUAACCCAUCUACUGAUAGUGUGGAAAAACCUAGCACAGCUGUUUUCAAAAAGGGAUUGGUGGAUUAUGAAGGUGAUUCAGACGAGGAAGACGAGGAUUCAGAGCUCAGCCCAUCACCGAAGAGGCAGCGACUUUCAUAGUAGACACAAUUGCCUUUUUACUGAAAAAAAUCAAUAUAAACACUAAUUCCUAUGAGAAAAAAAACUCACUCAAGCUGAUUCCACAUGAUUCCGGUUUAUUCUUUUUUCAUAUUCUUUUUGUAUUACUUCUCUUUCAUCAUACCUUUUAUCGACGUUUCGAGGCUGCAAAUACUGCUUUAAUUCAGAAGAAAAAGCGCCAAAUCAUUAAACCUAAUACAUUGGACAUAACAUCCGUUAUGUAGAGUGAGAAUGAAAGGGGAGGAUUUUCUUUUUUUUUUCUCAAUAUAGUGUGUAUAAUAGGAGUUUAAUUCCUUAUCUGUACGAAAUUUUAUACAAUUUCAUUGCGGAACCAAACAAAUCAUUACAGAAUAAAAGAACAAACUAUGAAUAAAGUGAAAAAUGAUAUGGGGCAGCGUAUCUUUAAAGAUGGAAAGUGUAUCAACAGAUUCAUCGUCAGUGAAUGAUUCAUGUGAAUAGAGACAAAACACCGGAGUCAGAUGUGGAGAAGUAAUUCAUUAUAUGAGUUUGUAAGACAAACGAGGAGAUCAACAAGAAAGGAAAUUGGUCAGAAAUCUUUAGAUUAUCUUGAAUAAGAUAAAUACUUAUUUAUGCGCAAUCGAAUGCCGAUGUGUGAAGCGAAUAGUGAAUUUUUGAAAAAAAAGAAAGAAUCAGUAGUUCUCUUUUUUUGCGUUUUAAUGUGCCCUACAAUGAAAACCAAUUCAUGUUCUUUAAAUUGAAUCGAGUAAUAAUUGCAGAAUGAAAUUAAUAAAUAUGAUUAAUAUACUUGCGAGGCGGCAAUUGUACGUGAGUUUUUCAUACUAACUAUUGUUUAUUGCAGCGACGAAACCUGAUAAGGAUAAUGAAAGGGGUUGAUAUUCGAGUAUUAGGGAGUUUAUUUAUUAUCAUUACUAUUCCUCACUGCAUUGAUUAUGGAAGGUGACGCAUUUUGUGGAUAGAUUUGGUAGAAAUUUUUGGAGGAAUCGAUGAUUGAUAAUUUUUUAUUCAUCGGUAAAUGUAUUGAAGAGGGAUUUGGUUUUCUGCGCUGUUCCUUGAUGCGGGGAGGAUGCAUUUGAGGAUUCGACUUUUUUUUCUCAAAAUAGCUUGAUAUGGAAUGGGUCGAAGAAAAAUCUAUGAAGAGUUGACCCAUACACCAGGAAAUUCACAAUAUAAUAGUAAUUUAUCCUACAACGGAUGAAAAGUAUUUUGGGAAGGUCUUUUAUCGAAAUCCGCUCCGAAGGCGCGGAUUCUGAUCAAAUAUGUUGCUACAAUGCUUUUCAAACCGAAGGUAAGUAAAAAGCAAGGCGAUAGGCGGCCACCUACCUACCUACCUAAAUGAGGAAUAAAAGUACGAGGUCAGGGCGGACCGAGUGACAUAAAAUACCUUUAUACAUUUUUCACUUUCUUUUUACCUUUAUAUACUUUUCAGCCCUUCCAACAUAAAUUACUACUUUCAUUCUUCGUUGAAAUGAUCGAUUAUCGAAGUAAUUCGAUAAUUAAUCAUCAUCGACCGAAGGAAGAUUCCUGUUGCAUUAACUGCGCGAAUAUCCCGACAAUAAAUUGUUUCAUACGAGAAAUUGUCAAGAGAAUUUUUCUUGAAAAUUAAUUUUCUCUCGUUCUUGGAUAAACCAUUUCCCGUUCAAGAUAUUUGAGCAAUAUUUCUUCAUCGCUCUCAAUAGUCUCGUUCAUUCGAAGUUGGCUUCCUCGAUAUGAUAUAUGAAAAGUCUAAAGCACUUGUUGCUAAUUAGUAUGUCUUUGCCACACGAAGAAAGCAAGAGAUUCCUUAUCAUAUCUACAGUCUACCCAGAAUGUUAGAUUUUUCUCUCCAAAUGGCAGGAGGAAUUAUGUAAUUUCUCCAAUUUUUGCAGUGUUCAAGGAUUCUUCUCUGCAUUUACGAAGAAAAUUCAACAUUAAUCCAAUAUUACAUUACAGUACGUUACCGUGCAGUUAUGGCAAAAAAUUGAAUGUGUAUAAUAUGAAGGAAAACAGAAUAUUAAUUCCCACAUGCUUAUCAAUCCAGGCAAUGCAUGGACUGGUUGAAAUGUCCAGUUUUCCUCCUGUGGUACGAAAUAGACUAUUUCUACUCUACCACAUGACAAUAGCGAAAGUUUAAUUUCUCUUCUCAAAUGAUUCUGAGAAUCGUUAAAGACCGGAAAUACGCAAGGAAUAGAAUAAUCCACUUUCUUUCUGUUAAUUGGGGGAAAAUACGUGCAACUCUUCGUGUAAAUGUAGCGGAAAUUAUAUUCUCGACUCGGCGGACGGAAGUUACUGUUUUUCCUUAUAGAUAUCAUCCGCUUUGGUUCGGGUGGUAAAUUUGGACGGGAUCAACGAUCUUCUAAUCUGUUCUCAUUUUAACAACGUCAUGAGUGACGAUUUCAACGAAUGCGAGUACAAACUUCGCCUUCCACUUGGCUUGUAAAUAUAAUUUCGUCCAGGAGAACAUUUAAAUCUUCUACUCUAAUGCAUCAUAGUAUUUUUGUCCAAAUACACAUCUCCUUCUGUGUGAUUGAAAUUUAGUGUAGGAGUGGUGCCUCGAUUUCAAUUUAUCAAUCAGACUCAUACUUGAAAAGCAUUUUAAUGACUAAACUAAUUGUACGCUGCUCCACUGUCUGAGCCUCAAGGAAAACCGAAUACCAAAAAUUUCUUCAAUAAAAAAAAUUGAGAUUAAAAAUGGAACAAUUUUACAGAGAAGAUUGUAAGCUUGUGUACAGAUUUUUCAACUGAUUUAAUUAAUAUAGAAAUUGACUCUAAGGAUAUGCCAUAAUACCACAGUUUGUGUACUUGAUAUCCACAGAAGUACUUUGACGACUGUAGCGCACUGAUGACGAUUAUGGUACAUUUCCUUAAUUUUUCAAGGAUACUGAUAUCAUUAACGAGGGAUUUUAGACGAAAAUGUCUAGAGACCUUUCGGAUAAUUCAUGUAAUUAUCAAUAGAAAAUGUCACUUUUUAUCUACAAUAGAAAAAUAACAGAGAUUAUUUCCUCCAAUCUAAUCUCGGACAGAGUACAGAAUUCGGGAUCACAUCACACAUUUCGCACUGAUAAUCUCAUUGACUAAAUCAACCUGAAUCAACAGGUUAAUUUCUACCACUUUAUUAAACAACGUAGGACGUAAUUGCUGAAGUAGACAUGAACAACAUUUAAACAAAGUGCAGAGUGGCAAACGGGAGCAGAUAGUGAAGAACAAACACAAAAGUGUCUCACUGACUGUAAUUAAGUGUCUACAUCACUAUAAGAAAGUCAAAUUUAAAAAAAUGAAGAAAACAUCAAUCAGAGCAGAGAUUAAUAAAAUAACAUUCAUGAGACUUAAAAUUAUGGAAACCCAAAAAGUUAUUUGGCCAAAUAACUAAAAAGGGUAACCAUAUACAAUAUUUCAUCGUGAUAAAUUAUAUCUUCGCGCAAAAUGGCUCAGUUAUUGUAGGAAAAAGCUCUGUGUUGAUAUAACGUUUACAAUAAUAAUGGAAUGACAAUGAGUAAUUAAUACUAAUUAUAAUGAAUAUACUUAACAUUGAGGAUAUGGUACAAGUGCGUAAUAUUUAUUAAUGGAAAAAUUCGAAACAGUGCAAAAAUGGAGAGAAAACCCGAUUACGUGGACUAUAAGCGGCAUAAUGAUGUACAUCAAUAAAACACGUUUAUUUUUGUAAAUAAUCAUUGAUAUCUAUGAAAAAUUCCCUGCCUUGAUGGAGAAACAGCAAUAUUCAAUGUUUAUUACUAGACCCCGGGACUUCAUGUCACUCAUUUAAUUGGUUUGGCCUAAAAUGCUUUCAAGAUUAUUGUCUACAUUAAACAGUGAUUCAACACCUUUAACACAUUUCAUACGAAUAUGUAAAAAGCUCAUGACAAGUUUUCUACCAAGAUACACCUUUAAAAAGGAGUUGAAAGAGAUGAUCAUACGGCAAAUUUUUGAGUAGUUUGUCUGGAAAAAAUUAGGUUAAAUAAUGGUUUUAUGAGAAAAUACUAAUCAACCUACCGUGUUGAUUGAUGGUACGAAAACCCCAAGGGGAUUUCAUUAGUAAAGCGAUUGUAUUAGUAUGUCAACUUGAUGUGAUCCGACCAAUCAAUGAAUAAAUUUAUUGAUCAGACAAACACCUAGUUAAUGAACAAGAUUGGGGGCAAUUGAAACUCUUGGAAUAUUCGACAAGAAGUGGCUCGUGACAUUUUUCUCUGAACCUUCUCGGAAUAUCCACAAACAAGAACCCAAAUAGUUUUUACCUCAUCUAGUUUUGCAAGUCACCUAUUCAAUGAAAACAUGCAACAAAAUAAAUGAGAAACACAAUUUUAUCAUCGUAAAGUGUUUUUUAUUUCGUGUUUCACAAAACACCAAUGAACCACUUAAAUGAUAACAAAUGAAAA